AUGGAUGCCAUUGACCUGAAGCUGAGGAUUGGUUUGAACAUGUACAGGGAACUGAAAAAGUCUGCAAGUCUUCAAAACCGUGUUUUUAGAGUUCUCACUUGUGAUGAGCAAACCAAAGUCCAGAUGUGCUUGGACAAGAUCAUCUUGGAUGAAGGAGAUGGAGACCUUGGCACUGACUCUUUACCUGUGCUUGCACUUCCCGCACCUGUGGUGGAAACACCUCAAAGGUCUUUGGUGCCUGUGCAGACCAAAGCCAACCAAUCUCUUCGAAGGUCAAUGCAAUUCUCUCCAAGCGCUUUGGAGCAGAUUUCUGAGACCCCUCCCAUCUUUGGCAAGAUCUUGGCUGGCAAGGCUUCAUCUGUGGAAGAGAAGAAGAAGCCUGCCCAAUUUUUGACCGAUGCUGAGAUUCUCGAAGGAGCUAUGCAUUUUGUGCCCACUCAGGUUGAAGGCAAGAAGAAGCAAUCUGGUUCCAAACAGAAGAAGAAAAGUCCCAAAAAGAAGUCAGGCAGCCAGAAGAAAAAGAAUGCAUGCAAACCUGAAAAGAAACAAAAGAAACCUGCUGGCAAGAUUGCAGUGAAGAAGCCAGCUGGCAAGAUUGCUGUGAAGAAGCCUGAGACCUUGAGUGCAGACUAUGUGAGCCGACAUUGGCACAGGGCUGAUCAACUGGCAAAGAAGUGUGGAGGUCAGUCGAAGGCAGUGCCAAGCACACCAGGGCCUAUGAUGCCUGCAAUGGAUGAUCUGAACAUUCAGCUGAUCCAACAGCUGGAGAUGCACAGAGCUGCAGGAUCAGCUCAAGCCUGUGGCUCUGCAAAUCCUCCAGUGGAUCCCGCACCAGCUAUAGCUGAAGCUGCAACAGCUUCAGCUCCAACUUCUCCAGCAGAGAAUGAAGAUGCAGAGACCGCAGAGACCACACAAGCCUCUUCACCCAACAAUGAUGCACAAGAUGAUGCUAGCACUGUGUCCAUGGACAGUGACAAGGCACAGAAGGAGUCAAAGAGCACCAAGAAGCAAAAGGUCCAGGAGGCACAAGAAGAAGAAUGCAAAGAGGAGGAGAUCAUCGACCAGCUCUUCUCCUACCAGGCACAGGACAAGAAGGCACAGAAGGAGGCUGACCUGCUGGCAGGAGUGGCUGAGGGAGAAUUUCAAGAGAUCCAAACAGACCAUGGUCCACGCUACUUAUGGAUGGAAGAAGCCCAGACCUGUAAGCAGGGAGAUAAAACCGCACUGGGUUGGAUUCAGCAAAAGGAGGGAGACCAGAAGCAAAUGGCCAAGAUGAACAAGAUGAUUGAAGCAAUGUCAGCAGGACAUUGGUCCCAGGGCUUUGCGCUGCCUACCACCUCAGGUUCCAGUAGCUCUGCAGCACCGCCCUUGGCCAUUCAGGACAUGGAUGCUCCCCUUUCUCCUCAGCAGUGGAAAAUGGCCCAGACACAGUUGAUUCAGGCCAAGGAUGCCAUGUCGAAGCUUGAGAAGGAUGGUCUCAAGCAUUUGCAGGUCAUUGGGGACAACCGUGCUGACCCAGUCUUUGAAGUGGUGAAAGAUGUGAUGACUGAUAUCAGGAAGGUCCUGGCUGAGAUUUCACACGCAUACCGGUUCAAAGAGCUUGAGAAUGGUCAAGAGCUCACACUCAGCAAGCACAAUGCCCUGAUGGCAGAGUGUGGCAAGAAGGCUGAGAGCCUGGAUGACAUUCUGGCUGGCAUCAAGGGACAGUUGAAUGCUCGAGCCAACCGCGCUAAGAAGUGA